GAUGGCGCCGUUAAACACCACGCCUACCAACACGAAAGGUUUUCGUCCAAAAUGAAAUAAAAAUGAAUCAUUUUCGUUGAAGUAUAAUGGACAGUCAAAUCCUUCGUUUAGACAUUUUUGCCAUAUGAUUAGGUGACUGAAAAUCCGGUGAAACUCGCAGAUCUGAACCAGUGAUAGUGAAAAUAAGUGAUUUGGUUAGUGAGUGUGACGACCGCCUAGACCGCACCUAUCUCUGUUGUGUGUUUGUAGUGUAGUGAUAAAUCGUUAUCAUGGACAAAUAACAUAGAUUUUGAAAUAAUCUGGGUGUACUCGACACACACUUCAAAGAUGGCAGAUCGAUUCAUUUUAAGUUUGUUAGUGACUGCGUUUAGUUUAUCAUGCACGCUAGGAAAGGAAGCUUCAUCCCCCCCGUACAUCGUGAAACAGCCCCCAACCGACGAAGUCCUGUUCCAAGUCGAAAGCGGCGGCGAAACCGACAAGCCCUUCUACAUCGAAUGCGAAGCGAUAGGCGAACCUGCACCAAAAUACCGUUGGGUCAAAAACGGUAAACCCUUCCACUGGCAAACCUACGACGACCGCAUAUCGCAACAGCAAGGCCGUGGUACAUUAUCAAUUUCCAAACCGACCGAUGUCGACCUCGGCCAAUACCAAUGUUUCGCCGAAAACGAGCACGGAGUCGCCACCUCGAACUCCGUAUUCAUGCGAAAAGCCGAAUUGAACUCGUUCAAAACGACGCAACCGAUUUCACUAUCGGGGGAUGAGGGCGAACCCUUCAAACUGACGUGCGAACCACCCGAUGGUUGGCCGAAACCUAUAGUGCACUGGAUUUAUCUCUACACGAAUGGAGGAUUCAAAACGAUUAAUAGCUCGCGAAUGACGAUCGAUCCUGAAGGGAAUUUGUGGUUUUCGAAUUUGACGAGGGAUGAUGUCACCGAUAAUUUCAAGUAUGCGUGUGCGGCAACCUCACCCUUCAAACACGAAUACAAGUAUGGAAACAGCGUCUUGCUCAAUGUUGUCUCCACCGGAGUCUCCGCCGCCUCUAAUAAGCGGGAACCGGUGUUACAGUACGUCUCAAGGAAAAAUACUGUAGCCUAUUUGGGGAAACAACAAAAAUUGUAUUGCAUUUUCGGCGGGACUCCGCUGCCGCAGACCGUGUGGUACAAAGACGGCAAGCCGAUCCAGUCUUCGGACCGCAUAACUCAGGAUAAUUACGGCAAAUCGCUGGUUAUCCGAGUGGUGAACUUCGAAGACGAGGGUAAAUACACCUGCGAAGUGAGUAACGGAGUCGGCGAAGCGAAAUCGUAUUCGAUCGAUUUGAAAGUUUUCGCGAUUCCCUACUUUAUCGCUGAACCGGAGCGUCAAAACGCCGCCGAGGGCGAAACCGUCGAGUUUCGGUGCGAGGCCGGCGGUGUCCCCAAACCCGAAAUCAAGUGGAUUCAUAAUGGAAAACCGAUAAGUGAGGCACCACCCAAUCCGAGACGACGAGUCGAGAACAAUCGAAUCGUUAUCGAAAGACUUGUCGAAAGCGAUACCGGAAAUUACGGAUGUAACGCUACUAAUUCUUUGGGUUACGUGUACAAGGACGUCUACGUCAAUGUUCUCUCUCUAGCACCUGAGAUUCUCGAAGCUCCGACUGAUACCCAAGCAGUCGAUGGCCAAAAUGUCACUAUGAUUUGUAAGGUCUUAGGGGCGCCUAAACCCUCGAUUAAGUGGAGUUUGAACGAGCGGGAAUUGACAGGUGGACGCUACAUUGUCCAGCCAAACGGCGAUCUAAUCAUCAGAAACGUCCAGUUUGACGACAGGGGCAACUACACCUGUUUCGCCGAAAAUAAGUUCGGCAACGCCAGCGCCAAAGCGGCACUGCUCGUCAAAUCCCACACAUAUAUCACCGACGGUCCUGAGGACUACGAAGUGGCGGCGCACACUUCGGCCACCUUUAGGUGCAACGCAGUCAGCGACGAUUCGCUAGACUUGGAAAUAAUUUGGCUGAAAAACGACCAGCCUAUCGACCUAGAGGAGGAACCAAGAUUCGUGCGCUCGAGUGAUUAUUCGUUGACCAUUACUCAAACAAUUGAGUUAGAUUCAGGGACUUACACUUGCGUGGCUCGAACCGCGUUAGACGAAGCGUCUGCCAAAGCUCAACUUAUUGUUCAAGAUGUACCAAAUCCGCCCUCGAUGGAGGGAGUCGAGUGUCACGCUAAGGACGCCACCAUUCGGUGGAAGUCAAUGGGCGACAACCGGGCGCCAAUUUCGCACUAUAUCAUCGAAUAUAACACCACGUUCACUCCUGAAACGUGGACUGCGGCUUACAAUAACGUGCCAGCGACUGAUAUGAGCUACAAUGUUCCUAUGAGCCCAUGGACUAAUUACACUUUCCGAGUAAUUGCCGUUAACAAAAUCGGAAAAUCGUUACCUUCCACCCAUUCAGAUGUUUGCACAACUGAGCCAGAUGUGCCCUACAAGAACCCUGACGAUGUCAAGGGUGAAGGUGACAGACCCGAUAAUCUCAUUAUUUCGUGGACGCCAAUGCCAAAAAUCGAACAUAACGCCGACAAAUUCCAAUACCGCGUCUACUGGAGGCGUGACAUACCAGGGGAGCGUUACGAAAGCCGCGACAUUACCGACUGGAGGGUUAAACAAUUCGUUGUCGAUAAUCAACCCACGUUUCAACAAUAUCGCAUCAAAGUCGUUGCGAUGAACGAGAAGGGCGAAGCCAACGUCGCACCGAAGGAAGUUAUAGGCUAUUCAGGCGAAAACAUCCCCAUCGAAGCCCCCACGAACUUCACCCUUCUCCAAAUCCAAGGCCCCAAGACGGCGCUCCUUAGCUGGAACCCCGUUGACAAGAAGAGCGUCCAAGGCCACUUGAAAGGCUACAAAAUCAAAACAUGGAGCGACAUCUCGUCCCCAAUGCACAAUGAAAUCCAGGUCCAAGGCUCCGUUGCCAAAGCCCUCGUCGAUAACCUAGACCCCUACACAAUGAAUUACGCUCAAGUUUUUGUCUACAACGGCAAAUACAACGGCCCCCCGAGCGAAACGCUCAGUUUCAAGACACCAGAAGGCGUCCCCGAGGCUAUGUCCUACCUCGAGGCUUACCCCCUGGGGGCGUUCCGGCCGAACGAUGCCACGAAAACCGCCUCAUCCGCGUUUCUACUCACUUGGAAGAAACCGGAAAAACCGAACGGGAUGUUGACCGGUUACGAUAUUUACUACCGCCGGUUGGACGACAGUACUACCAAUAGUAAAAUCGCGAGGAAUCCCCAAAUCAGGGGCGGGGAUGUCCUCAGUGCGAAGUUAAGUGGGCUUGAACCCGAUACCAACUAUGUGAUUUACAUAGCGGCAAGGACAAGUGCCGGGCCAUCAAAGGAGUUUUAUAUUGAAAGAAGGACAAGUCCGUCUGGGGCUAGCACGCCCCCAGGAGUCCCGGACUUUGACUGGGAGACGGUCAAGGCCGACGAUGACGGGAAAGUCACCGUUAGGAUUCAAUGGAGGCCGGAUAAAACCGGAAAUCCCGGUUCGCACUUCAUUGUGAAGUACAAGAGAGAGGCGGAACCGAAUUAUGAAGAAGUCGAAGUCCUUAAUGAUGAUUUUGUUGAGAUUCCCGGGAUUGCCCCAAGGGAGAGUUAUGACUUUAAGGUGACUUCGGUCGAUGGUGACUAUUACGUUGAUAGUAAGGUCAAAACUAUCAAUAUUUACUCGGACGGGCCUUUAAUCAAGGCCAAUGAGAAUAUGGCGUCGGCAGGCUGGUUUAUUGGGAUGAUGCUUGCCAUUGCCAUUUUGUUGUUAAUUUUGAUCGUCGUUUGUAUUAUUAAGCGCAACCGGGGCGGGAAGUACGCCGUUCAUGAGCGGGAGCAAGCCAAUGGCCGGCACGAUUAUCCCGACGAGGGCGGUUUUCAUGAAUAUUCCCAACCGUUAGACAAUAAGUCACAUGGUAGAGCUUCAAUGAGCAGCGAACCUAAAGUAGGUCCAGAGAGUGAUACCGAUUCAAUGGCCGAAUACGGUGACGGAGACACAGGGCGUUUUACUGAAGACGGAUCUUUCAUAGGUCAAUACGUUCCAAGCAACAUGAAGCAGCUUGGCCCACCCUCUAUUACGGCAGGGGUUAACAAUAAUGCAUUGGCCACGUAUGUUUAAACGUGACCACUUACUCUAAACUAAUUCUUUAAACAUAUUUUUUGCUAGAGCAGUGUUGUGACAUUUUUUUAGAAUUUAUUUUGUGUACUUGAUAUGGAGAAAGAAUCGGAAAAAUUAAUUGACUCACUUAUUCGUGGAAGAUAUUAAUUUAUUGUUUGACAAUGUGUUCUGAUAUUUAUUUCGGGUAAAAAUUGAAUUCGUCCAUUUUAGGUUACGCAUAAUUUAAAAAUAAAAAUCAAAAUGAAUUUAAUGUAUAGUAAUAUAUUUUUGUUUUGCGUCACAAUUUGGAAACGAUAGGUACUGAAUGUUUGCAAAUUGUAACGUGCUGAUCUGUUAAGUACUGGAAUAAUUUGUGUAUCUUUAUGUAUUAUAUAGUUAAUUAUAGGAUCGUAUAUUUAUGAUGUUUUUCAUAUUAUUGCCCAAGGAAUUACGUUCUCAUAUAAUAUAUAAUGACUAUAAAUUUAUGACAUGUUUCACGCUUGAGAAAUAAUUAUUUGUAAGUUAGGUAAUAAACAUCAAAAUUGCUUUAAUCAUCAUUUCCUCGAAUUAGUUUUAUUCUUGACACUGCCUAAUUUAAGAGAUAUCAAGUGUGGCAUUAAUUUGGACUGUAUUAGGCGUACAAUAAGUAGUAUCCACACUAAGUUACUUUUUAUGAAUCCGAUCGAAUAAGUAGGCAUCACAGAGUUCAUACAAAGUGACUUGACCAAAACUUAUUGUACAUAACUCGUUUAGAACCUGCUUAUAUAAAAAUAAUUCAAAUUAAUCUAAGUAAAGUAAGUUAAGCUGAAAUAUUUUUUUUACGAUUUUCGUAGUUUGUAGUAUUUUGAAAAUUUACAUUGCAAUAAUUUACCAUUACGUAGAUUAUUGCCCUGUUAUUUUUUGUAUUAAGUUAAGAUUAAGGCUCAGGCCGAGAUAUCAUUAAAUUAUGAAAGAUUUUUCGUUUUUCUUUUUUUGUGAUCGAAAAUGAGACGUACAUUUUCUCAAAAAUGGGAACUUGACACUAAACAAUAAUACUGUGUCAAUUCGGCUUUCUGUAAAACAGGACAUGGGUGCUAGUAUCGUGGUUAUUAAUUUGUUGCAUGAUUGUUGCUUGUUAUGUUUCAAAUAACAGCUUCAUUUCUUCUCUUGUGAGGUAAAAUGGCUAAAUCACCAACUUACGAAAUGGUUUUCUUUGAGAGUUUUGUAGUUUGGCUUUUGUAAGUGUAAAAUAUAAAAUGUUUUGUCGCCGAGCACGAAUUCUUUUGAUAUAUUGGCAGAAUGAAUGCACUGUUGGAUAUUAGGUAAGAUAAUUCGAUAUAUUUAUUAUCAACUAUUAUAACUGCUUUACUAGUUGUUCUAUUAUAAGAUGAUUAUAGUAUUUUUUUAAUAUGUCUUGUACAAAAAGCAUCAAAAACAUUCAGUUGUGGUUUUGUAAUGGCAGCUGUAACUUUAUUGUAUUAUAAAUGGGAGUAAUUGUAAAUGUAUGCUUUCAAUUUUGUAAGCUGUAUAAAUUCGUAGUGUUCUUCCUUCGGUCUCAAUAGCCUCAUACUACAGAUAGUCCACUCGUAUACUAUAUAAACACUUGAUCGUUAUUAUUUUUAUACACUUUUUUAAACCAUUGUAAAUGCCUUCUAUUUACCCUGAGUUGUAAAUUUUUUAUAUGAUCCCUGUUUUACAAAAAUAUUGUCAUAAUUUUUGCACUUGAUAAAACUUUAAUGAAAAUA